AUGCUCCUCAGCAUACUUGAUGCCAUGCCUGCCAAUGUAGCCAACAAUGAAUCCAUAUACAGCCCCAAAGACACACUCAUAGAGAACAGUGAGGACUAUCCAAUGAAAAGUGACUUCCUCCGCCCUCGACCUGUAUUCUAUAAGGUAGAGAGCCAGGUAGAUGAAGGGAAAAGCCAUUCCAUCGUUGCACCCCGACUCGGCCGAGAGGAGAUCUCUCAGAUGUUUGGGGAUCCUUUUGGCAAACUUGCCUUUUCCAACGACGGAACUGGCCAGGACAGGGUCCGUUGCGGUAACGCAGGCCGCACAGCAGAGGCUUUGGAGCCAAUCGAGCGGAGGUAUCAUCCACCAGAUGAACAGACUGGUCAUCAACCAUCCGAACGUCAUGACGGGAAGCAACAGAAACACCACACUCCUCCAAUGCUUCUCCAUAUAAUAUUUGGGCAAUUCGACCCCCACGGCAAAGCACUGGACGACCAGGACGAUGCGCGAGAACUCGAGCGUGAUCUGAUCGGUAUUACCCCAUGUUCCAGGGUUGAUCAGAUUGGCGGCGUGCGGGCCAAAGACGACGCCACAGAUGGUGGCGACGGUGGCUUCACCUAUGUACAGCCGCUCCUUGAUGAACGACGAGCACAGCAUGAAAAGCGACGUGAAGCCGCCAAGGAUGAUGUAGACCAAGUGCGGCCGAUUGAUCGACAGGUGGUCCCAUGCCAUCUCGAACGCUGUGGCUGCCGUGGCUAUCGAGCAAUGGGUGUCUGGGAAUUUCUCCACGCCGUUCUGGCGGAGGCGAUAAAUUUCUUCUCGCCCGGGUUCAGCCGCCGUCGCUGUAUUUCGCCGCUCCAGCUUCCGAAAGAAUGUCUUGGUCUUGGCACCUUCUACGGCCCUGCCCGGUUUCAAAGGGAAGCUCGAAAGAUCGGCCGACGAGUAGAGACGCUCGCGGUGAUGUCAAAGGCGCUGCACGGAGAUGCGGCGGCGAUCGACAAAAGAAGAGGACGAGAAGGUGUCGCCGUCGUGAAGGCAAUUGACAGCUCUGGGCUGCUUGGCUGGACGGGGUCAACGGAUAAUCUGUGGUUAGACCGUACAGUGCCUAGAAGUCGAGAAGCUUGA